AUGCUUCCUCUCUUCUUCAAGAUGCUUCCUCUCUUCUUCAAAGUACUUCCUCUCUUCUGCAAGAUGCUUCCUCUCUUGAUCAAGGUGCUUCCUCUCUUCAUCAAGAUGCUUCCUCUCUGCAACAAAGUACUUCCUCUCUUGAUCAAGGUGCUUCCUCUCUUCAUCAUGCAGCUUCCGCUCUUCUUCAAGAUGCUUCCUCUCUUGAUCAAGAUGCUUCCUCUCUUCAUCAAGAUGUUCCUCUCUUCUUCAAAGUAUCCUCUCUUUCUGCAAGAUGCUUCCUCUCUUGAUCAAGGUGCUUCCUCUCUUCAUCAAGAUGCUUCCUCUCUGCAACAAAGUACUUCCUCUCUUGAUCAAGGUGCUUCCUCUCUUCAUCAUGCAGCUUCGUCACUACAUCAUGUAGCUUCCUCUCUUCUUCAAAGUACUUCCUCUCUUCAUCAUGCAGCUUCCUCUCUUCAACAAGGUGCUUCCUCUCUUCUUCAAAGUGCUUCCUCUCUUCUUCAAAGUGCUUCCUCUCUUGCUCAAGAUGCAGCUUCCUCUCUUCUUCAAAGUACUUCCUCUCUUGAUCAAGGUGCUUCCUCUCUCAUCAUGCAGCUUCCUCUCGUCUUCAAGAUGCUUCCUCUCUUCUUCAAAGUACUUCCUCUCUUGAUCAAGGUGCUUCCUCUCUUCAUCAUGCAGCUUCCGCUCUUCUUCAAGAUGCUUCCUCUCUUCAUCAAGAUGCUUCCUCUCUUCAUCAAGAUGCUUCCUCUCUUGCUCAAGAUGCAGCUUCCUCUCUUCUUCAAAGUGCUUCCUCUCUUCUUCAAAGUACUUCCUCUCUUCUUCAAAGUACUUCCUCUCUUGAUCAAGGUGCUUCCUCUCUUCAUCAUGCAGCUUCCUCUCGUCUUCAAGAUGCUUCCUCUCUUCUUCAAAGUACUUCCUCUCUUGAUCAAGGUGCUUCUCUCUCAUCAUGCAGCUUCCUCUCGUCUUCAAGAUGCUUCCUCUCUUCUUCAAAGUACUUCCUCUCUUGAUCAAGGUGCUUCCUCUCUUCAUCAUGCAGCUUCCGCCUUCUUCAAGAUGCUUCCUCUCUUUCAUCAGAUUGCUUCCUCUCUUCAUCAAGAUGCUUCUCUCUUCAUCAGAUGCUUCCUCUCUUGCUCAAGAUGCAGCUUCCUCUCUUCACAAAGUACUUCCUCUCUUGCAAGGUGCUUCUCUCUUCAUCAUGCAGCUUCCUCUCGUCUUCAAGAUGCUUCCUCCUUCACGUACUUCCUCUCUUCUUCCAAAGUACUUCCUCUCUUGAUCAAGAUGCUUCCUCUCUUGCUCAAGAUGGCAGCUUCCUCUCUUCUUCAAGUGCUUCCUCUCUUCUUCAAAGUACUCCUCUCUUCUUCAAAGUACUUCCUCUCUUGA